GUCUCUUGUUGUUUUGUUGUAUGUAAUUCCGUGUUUAAAUCUGUCCAGGGAAUUCCCUCAAGGAGCGCUGCACGGCUCUAUAUAAUGAUCAGAUGAAGCAAAGAUGACAACACCUAUCAGUUUACGCCACACUUGAGUCAAAGAUCUCAGAAUCAUGCUGCCAAACUUUUAUUUAUACUUUACCAGCUGUGUGCUGCUGCUCGCUUUGUUCUGCCAAGUCUCCAUGGGAACCCCAGUGCGCACGCCGCGGAGUUUGGACACUGAGAAAUGCGGGCAGUGCGCUGACCUCUCCAGAGAGCUCGUCAAGAAUGUUAGAAAGCUCCUGGACAACGAAAACCUGUUUAGGGGUUUAAACUGCUCGGAGCAGCGCGUGGAGGUGAACAGUAAGACCCAGACAGUCCUAGCCUGCGAACCCAACACCGACAGGAACACAAGAUGUUCUGGUCAACGGAACACCACAUUCAGUGAGAGUGCGUGUCUGAGGAACAUCCGAGCAGACCUAGGACAUUAUGCUGCCUCACUACAGGCUUACAAACAGGCCGACCUCAGCUCCACUGUCCAGGACACCAAGAACCUACUCAAUAAUUGUCCAUCCACACAAGGGGAUCCUUCCUCACAUGUUGCAGACGCUAAGCUGACUAGUGGUAACUCUGUCGACCAGAGGGUCCAUCUGUGUAAGGUACUGAAGGGCUUCCACCUCCGGGUCAUCACCAUCAGCAGAGCCAUGGGCUACAUCUCUGCUGGGGACCACAGGAAGUAAACCCUCAUCUUCAAAACCAUCCGAUUUCUCAUCAUCAUCAACUAUAACAAGUGCUGAUAAUCUUCAUCAUCAUCAUCAUCACCAUCAAAAAGUGAAUCAUCAGCAACACUGAUUGUCAUCUUCAUCAUCAGACAUCAUCCUCAACAACUACUUUGCCAUCCUAACUGUUGAAUACUUACUGCACUACACUGUGAAUGCCUAGAUGAGUAGGACAUGAGCUAUCUAAACUCCUUUGGCUCAGUUAGAGCUGAAUGAUAGUAGGUUUAGUGCAAAACUAGUCAAUGAAGAUCAUGUUGGUCAAUCUAUUUAUUUAUUUAUUCCUAUAUUUAAGGACUGGGAUUUAUUUAUUUAUUUGAUUUAUGAAAUGUAUCUAUUUAUUUAUUUAACAAUAUGUUAUUAAUGUUAUUUAUUGGAAUACUUGUAAUAAAGUAUUUAUUACAAGCUUA